UGCUCUCCACGCUCGCGGCUCUGGGGGCUCGGCUUUGCCGCGCUCGGUGCACUCGGGCGAGAGCUGGAACCUGGAACGGAGCUCAGGUCCCAGCGCAGCCACCGCGAUGAGAGGCGCUCGCGGCGCCUGGGAUUUUCUCGGCGUCCUGCUCCUUCUGUUCGGCCUCCAGACAGGCUCUUCUCAACCAUCUGUGAGUCCAGGGGGACUGUCUGCACCAUCCAUCCAUCCAGCAAAAUCAGAGUUAAUAGUCAGUGUUGGCGACGAGAUUAGGCUGCUCUGCACCGAUCCAGGAUUUGUCAAAUGGACUUUUGAGACCCUGGGUCAGCUGAGUGAGAAAACACACAAUGAAUGGAUCACGGAGAAAGCAGAGGCCACCAAUACAGGCAAUUACACGUGCACCAACAAGGACGGCUUAAGCAGUUCCAUUUAUGUGUUUGUUAGAGAUCCUGCAAAGCUUUUCCUGAUGGGCCUGUCCCUGUAUGGGAAAGAAGGCAAUGACACGCUGGUCCGCUGCCCUCUGACUGACCCAGACGUGUCCAAUUACUCCCUCACGGGCUGCGAGGGGAAACCUCUUCCCAAGGACUUGACGUUCGUCGCUGAUCCCAAGGCUGGCAUCACCAUCAGAAACGUGAAGCGCGAGUACCACCGGCUCUGCUUGCACUGCUCUGCGGACAGGAAGGGCAAGUCAGUGCUGUCGAAGAAAUUCACCCUGAAAGUGAGGGCAGCCAUCAGAGCUGUACCAGUUGUGACAGUGUCCAAAUCAAGCUAUCUUCUUAGGGAAGGGGAGGAAUUCACAGUGACCUGCUCCAUAAAGGAUGUGUCUAGUUCCGUGGACUCAAUGUGGAUAAAGGAAAACAGCCAGCAGACUAAAGCACAGGUAAAGAGCAAUAGCUGGCAUCAGGGUGACUUCAAUUUUGUACGUCAGGAUAGGCUGACUAUCAGCUCAGCAAGAGUGAAUGAUUCUGGAGUGUUCAUGUGUUACGCCAAUAAUACUUUUGGAUCAGCAAAUGUCACAACAACUUUGGAAGUAGUAGAUAAAGGAUUCAUUAAUAUCAUCCCUGUGGCGAAUACUACAAUAUUUGUAAACGAUGGAGAAAACGUAGAUCUGACUGUUGAAUAUGAGGCAUACCCGAAACCUGAGCACCAACAGUGGAUAUAUAUGAACAGGACCUUCACUGAUAAAUGGGAGAAUUAUCCCAAGUCUGAGAAUGAAAGCAAUAUCAGAUAUGUAAGUGAACUUCACCUAACCAGAUUGAAAGGGACCGAAGGCGGCACUUACACGUUUCUAGUGUCCAAUUCUGAUGUCAAUUCUUCGGUGACAUUUAAUGUUUACGUGAACACAAAGCCAGAAAUCUUGACUUCUGAGAGGCUCAUGAAUGGCAUGCUCCAGUGCGUGGCAGCAGGAUUCCCGGAGCCCACAAUAGAUUGGUACUUUUGUCCAGGAACGGAGCAGAGAUGCUCUGUUCCUGUUGGGCCGGUGAAUGUGCAGACACAGAACUCCUCUGUGAACCCGUUUGGCAAGCUGGUGGUUCAGAGUUCCAUCGAUGACAGUGCCUUCAAGCUCAACGGCACGUUCGAGUGCAGGGCUUACAACGAUGUGGGCAAGAGUUCUGCCUUUUUUAACUUUGCAUUUAAAGGUAACAGCAAAGAGAAAAUCCAUUCCCACACCCUGUUCACGCCUUUGCUGAUCGGUUUUGUGAUUGCGGCCGGCAUGAUGUGCGUUAUUGUGAUGAUUCUUACCUACAAAUACUUACAGAAACCAAUGUAUGAAGUACAGUGGAAGGUUGUUGAGGAGAUCCAUGGAAACAAUUAUGUGUACAUAGACCCAACGCAACUUCCUUACGAUCACAAGUGGGAGUUUCCCAGGAACAGGCUGAGUUUUGGGAAAACCUUGGGGGCCGGCGCCUUCGGCAAAGUUGUGGAGGCCACAGCGUACGGCUUGAUUAAGUCGGAUGCAGCCAUGACUGUUGCUGUAAAGAUGCUCAAGCCGAGUGCCCAUUUAACAGAACGAGAAGCCCUCAUGUCUGAACUCAAGGUCUUGAGCUACCUCGGCAAUCAUAUGAAUAUCGUGAAUCUCCUGGGAGCGUGCACCAUCGGAGGGCCCACGCUGGUCAUUACAGAAUAUUGUUGCUAUGGUGAUCUUUUGAAUUUUUUGAGGAGAAAACGUGAUUCAUUUAUUUGCUCGAAGCAGGAAGAUCAUGCAGAAGCGGCACUUUAUAAGAACCUUCUGCAUUCAAAGGAGUCUUCCUGUAGUGACAGUACUAAUGAGUACAUGGACAUGAAACCCGGAGUUUCUUAUGUUGUACCAACCAAGGCAGACAAAAGGCGAUCGGCAAGGAUAGGCUCAUACAUAGAAAGAGAUGUGACACCUGCCAUCAUGGAAGAUGACGAGUUGGCCCUGGACCUGGAAGACCUGUUGAGUUUUUCUUACCAGGUGGCGAAGGGCAUGGCCUUCCUGGCCUCGAAGAACUGUAUUCACAGAGACUUGGCAGCCAGAAAUAUUCUUCUUACCCAUGGUCGAAUCACAAAGAUUUGUGAUUUUGGUCUAGCCAGAGACAUCAAGAAUGACUCUAAUUAUGUGGUCAAAGGAAAUGCUCGGCUGCCUGUGAAGUGGAUGGCGCCUGAAAGCAUUUUCAACUGUGUGUACACAUUCGAAAGCGAUGUCUGGUCCUAUGGGAUUUUUCUGUGGGAGCUGUUCUCUUUAGGAAGCAGCCCGUACCCUGGAAUGCCGGUCGAUUCCAAGUUCUACAAGAUGAUCAAGGAGGGUUUCCGGAUGCUGAGCCCGGAGCACGCACCUGCUGAAAUGUAUGACAUAAUGAAGACUUGCUGGGAUGCUGAUCCCCUGAAAAGGCCGACAUUCAAGCAGAUCGUUCAGCUGAUUGAGAAGCAGAUUUCAGACAGCAGCAACCAUAUUUAUUCCAACUUAGCCAACUGGAGCCCCAACCAGGAGAACAUCGUGGUGGACCACUCUGUGCGGAUCAACUCCGUGGGCAGCAGCACCUCGUCCACCCAGCCCCUGCUUGUUCACGAAGACGCCUGAAGCAGAGCACAUGCCUGGGGUCUCCCCGACACAGUGAUCCCCAUUCUUCUGGUUUCUAUGACUGUUUUGUUCGACUUGCAUCCUACUCCCAGAAAAUGGACACCCCACUGUAAUCCCGUCUUUAUGAGCACACUUUAGUGGCCGAUGCUUUUUGUCAUCCGCCCCUAUCCCCUUGCCAAGCCAGGGUUCAAACUGCAUAUAUUCCCAAUAGCAGAGUAGCUCCUGGUAACAACAACAAAACAACAACACAUCUGAGUUGGAGAAAGGGAGUGUGAAAUGGGCUUUAGGCACCUUGAGUCCUUUCUGAGCCUUCUCUAGUUUCUGUUCGAAAAGUAUGGUUGGUAGUGUAUUUACAUAAAUGGCAGUAGUCACCUUCAGCCCUUGUAGCCAUCCAUAAUGACAUGAUGGUGCAGUGAGGUUAGAAGCUGUGGAAAAUAGAGCGUGACUGGGACAAAGGUCAGAAGUCUGUGAAUGUCUGGGCUUAAGAAAUCUACUUCAUGAUGGGAAUGAGACGUAGACCAUGAAAAAACACUCCCUGAGCCUGAAUGGAGACUUGCUGCUGAGCCAUAAGCCUCUGUCCUGCUGACCUGCUUUCUGGCCAAUUAGCUGUCAGGGUGCUGGAUUGGAGAGAGGGCCUCCCCCAUUCAGAUUGUAUAUACUCAUCCUGCAAUUGUACAUGUUCAUAUACCUGAGGGAGGAAAACCCACAAGGUGUCUUUCUGGAUGUGACUCUGCUCAAGUCUGCUGUAUGUAGGAAUAGAUACAGAGCCAGGCAAGUGGGAAGGACACAAUUAGUGCUUUUUUUA